UAGGAAUUGAUUGAUAGCUUCUUGGUGAUUUUUUUGCAUUUUGAUUUGCAUUUUGAUGAAAGCUUUUGUUAGUCAACUCACUUGCAUCUGAAUUCUUUAGUGGUUAUGCAAAGAGUGCUCUAUAUUUCGCCUGUUGCAUAGAAGUAGAGCUGAUUGUCAUGAAUUUUUGUACUUCUGUUUUAAAGGAAUAUGCUUUUGCCACUCCCAUUCAAGUUUUUCCGUCCCAAUUCGAUUCUCUGCUGUUCAAGUCGUGCAUUCCCAUUUCAAUUCUGAUUCAAUAAUGCCAGUGAUGAAUCUUUCUUUUUUUUUUUUAAGCUAUGUCCAUCAAAUCCAUUAAGUUUACCUAAAAUGAAUUGCUGGUUGCAUGUGGGUUGUGAGAAUCAUUAUCAACGAAUUGGUUUGGUGGUUAAUGUUUUCUAUCCAUGGUUAUGUGAUUGACAGAGAUUGAUGUAUAGCCUGCUGGUCAUUUAUUUAUUUUUUGAGUUCAACUGAUUUGCAUUACAUAUUUUUUUUCUUUGUGUAAACAUUAUUUUAUAUAUCAGCUGUUGGAUGGACAUAAAGCUCUUUGGGCUGAAUUUAAGAGGUUCAUUGAGAAAAGAAUGGCCUUGUGCGAGUAAAAUGUCUCCAUGGUAUUGUUUAUCUAACUAGCACAUCUCUUUAUCCAAAGAAAAAUCUAUCCACCAGCUGCUGUUCGCAUGAAAAUCUCUUCUGCACACAUAAUACGGUUGUGCUAUUUAUUCCUCAUUGGAAAUUUGGCAAUCAUUAUCAAGGUAAGAGGUUUCAUUCUCACCCAUUUCCUGAAUGUUGAUGUGAUUGAUAGAUUUUUAUUGAUGUUUCUGUAUACCUUUUUUUUCCCAUUCAUUUUGCUGUUUCCAAUGUAUGCCUACCUAAGACAUUUACCAACUCUCAUUCCCAUGAGUAUAAUGAUUGUUUGGGGUAGUUGAUGACUGCCUUCCCUAUGGUGUGAUGACAUGUAGGUGCACUAUAGCAGGUAUGGUGUGAUAUCUCAUUUUUUGGUCCCUAAUUGUUGAUUUCUUGAAAGUUUCACUUGUUUUUGCUGUUUUUGUGUUGGUUCAGGUUUUGCCCCUUUCAUUAGUUGUCUCUAUGGAGAUGGAUAUGGACUCAUGUUUUAUUUUCCCUCCAUUUUCCAUAUUCAAUUCAAUUUGAAUUCAAAAAGAUGUCAUUGGCCUUUUAACUUCAGUGGGAGAAGAGAAAGAGUAUGCAAAAGAGGGGAAAAUUGUGAAAAUGAUUGCGCUUGAAUUAAGUUCAAAAGAUCUUACAGUGCGAUGUGCAUUGUUUGGGGACUAUGUUAAUCAAGUAAAUCAUUUCCUUGCCUCUGGGUAUGUGGAGCAGCCUGUUGUAGUGAUUCAACUUGCUAAAGUCAAGUUCUUUAGGGGUCAAGUAGGGCUUCAAAAUUUGAUAUAUGCCACUCAAAUGUUAUUUAAUCCUGAUCUUCCUGAAGUUGUUGAAUUCAGGCAGAGUAUGGUUGAGCAAGGUGUCAACGGUACCCAGCCACUAUUUAUUGCAAAUGAGGGUAAAGUUGUAUCCUUGGAAGAUGAUUUCAUGCGUUUAACUAGAAAAUGCACUAUUGAAGAGCUUCAAGAUAACAAUGAGGAGGGUUCUUUUAUCAUUUUUGGUAUAAUCCAAGGUAUUGUCGAGGAUGGAGGUUGGUGGUAUUCUGCUUGUGUGUGUGGAAAGGGUAUCUAUCCUCAAAAUGGUGCAUAUUACUGUGAUUUUUGUUUGAAGCACAUAACUAAUGUGACUCUAAGAUUUAAAAUUAAAAUAACAGUUGAAGAUCAUAGUGGGGAGGGUAUUUUCCUUCUCUUUGAUCGUGAGGCAUCUUAUUUGCUUAAGAAAUCAUGUGCUGACUUGUUUACCGAGGUUCAAAGAGAUGCAAGUCUUGUAUGUGGGAUACUUAUCCUCCCAUAUUCCAAGGGCUCAUUGGAAAGAAGUUACUGCUGAAGGUUGAUACCAAAGGUGUGCCACAUGAUACAUUUUAUGGCACUUUCCGAGUUAGGAGAAUAUGUGAUGAUCCCACGAUUAUUGCCAUGUUUGAGCUUCCCGAUUAUGAUGCUGAUGAUGAGUCUACCCCAAAAAAGGAGGCUGAUUUACACAAAUCUGUUCCCUCUGGAAAAGGUGAUAUUGGUGUUAAGAAGGAUUCAUCAAAGAAUUUUAUCAAAAGUGAAAAAGUUUCUGGAGGUGUUGUCCCACGUUAUUGAUGCACCUUCUAAAUAUGGAGAGAAGCUUAUUCAUGAAAAUGAUGUUGUCACCUCCAAGGGCAAGAGGAAUCUGAAUCCCCAAUUUGAAGAGGCGGCUGUUGAUGCAGAUGGGCGUGGAUUCAAGAUUGCCAAGGUUAAUGGAGUUUGAUCUAAGGUGUGGAAUUGAGCUGUUGUGUCUAGGUGUAGGUAGUUUAUAUAGUAUAUCUACAAGUGUUUAGGAAGGCUUGUGAUUCCAAAUACAUCGAAAUGUAAUCAUGCUAGCUGGAUGGUAUUUUGAUUUGACCUUUUUGGAUUGUGUCCAACAAAUAGGAUUGUCAGAUAUAGGGAUUUUUCUUUUCUGUUGGCUCGUGUCGUGUGCCAACUAUGUCUAUUGUCAACUCCUCCUUUUGUAAUAGUGACUUUGCUAGGGAUUGGACACAUUUUCAAUGUUGUACCCUCUUUAGGUUACAUACUAGGAUAUGUAUCAGAUAUUGGGAUCCUCCUUAUCAUAGGAGAGAUACCCAUAUGUAAUUGUG